CGUCAUCUCCGUGCGACUGUUUGUAUGCGACGAACCGUCAUGGCUCUGUUUCCAGCGUUUGCAGAAAGUAGCAGUGAUAAAGUUGAAGAUUCGCCCAAAGGUGACCACGUCUCCGCGUUACGGUUGGACUGGCUGAACAACAAGAGUUUUCAGACAAAGGAUGCCCUCUCUCUUCACAGUCACCUUUUAAAGGACAACGACAAAAGUGUAGACAGAUAUUUCAGCAGCUCUACGGAGGAAGCAGAGGACGAUAACAGUGCUCCCCCCAAAAAGAAGAAAAAGAAGAGGAAAAAAAAGAAAAAACACAAAAAGAAGAAGGGUGGCAGGUGUUCACACAGCAGUGGCUCUGACUCUGAAACCACCUAUCCCAGUGAUCUCAAAAGGGAACAAGAGGAGAAAAGAUCAAAAACUGCUCCAUUAGCUAGUUGUUUCUCCUGGUUGGAUGAUCUGCAGUCACCCACAGAGCAUCCAUACUGUGUGGACCAUAAACCAGACCCAGCCAACUGGACCUACAAGUCCCUGUACAGAGGAGAUGUUGCGAGGUACAGGAGGAAAGGCAGCUCGUCAAUGGGUCUGGACCCUCGCAGACAAGGAGUCAGUUGGGAUGAGUCAGAGUCAAAUAAGAAACAGAAAAGUGGAGACAAGAAGAAAUCAGCAGACAGAUACUUCUCUGCAGUCAGUCGGCAGUUGCUGAGGUCAGGAGCUGCUCUCCCUACGUUACCAAAGGCUCCUGAUUGUAGCGAUGUCAUCAGUUCCAUCUCCUUCCUCUCACUGAGUGUUGACGAUGUGAAGAACAAUGGAGGAGACACAAGUGAUAGAGUGCCGACAUCGUCAGUAAAUCCGCUCGGUGUCUAUGACUCUUCCACGGCCCUGUGGCUGCAGGGGAAGGGACAGCCGGACCAGACAGAGCAGCAGAAACAGAAACACGACGCAGACACUGGAAAGAGCACCGUGCUCACAACCAAGAGGACUGAAGAGUUUAACAGGCAGCUCAGAGAACAGCCAGCAGACACGCAGCUGUGGAUAAAAUUCAUCAAAUACCAGGAUGAGCUGAAUUUAGCAGAGUUUGGAGGUGAAGGGGAGCAGCGGGAGAGCCAGUCAACUGAGCACCGCAGGUCUUCAUACCGAGCCGUGCUGGACAAAAAGCUAAGCAUUGCAGAGCGUGCAGUGGACACCAACCCUGGCUGCAUUGCUCUGCAGCUGGAGAGGCUCAGGAUCUGCCAGGAGCUCUGGGAGUCAUCAGCUCUCGCUAAAGAAUGGAAGAAACUGGUGUUCGUCCACCCAAACAGUGCCCCCCUGUGGAGGGAGUAUCUGCUCUUCACCCAGAGCUACUUUAGCAACUUCACGGUGUCCAAGGUCAAUGCAGCCUAUGGGAAGUGUCUGAGCACACUCAGCUCUGUACGAGAUGGCAGCAUGGUCUCUCACCCAGCUCUCCCAGGGAUUGAGGAGGAUAUGUUGGGUAUCUUCGUCCAACAGUGUCAUUUCCUGCGUCAGUCUGGUCACUCAGAGAAGGCCUUUUCUCUGUUUCAGGCCAUGAUUGACUUCACUUUCUUCAAACCUGACAGUGUACGAAAACUGACCACCAAGCAGCAGGUGGAGUUCUUUGAGCCUUUUUGGGACAGUGGGGAGGAAAGAAUCGGGGAAUUGGGGGCCAAAGGCUGGAAAUCCUGGAUGCACCAACAAGAGCGUGGAGGGUGGAUACAGCCAAGUGCAGACGAUGAAGAGGAGGAGGAAGAAGAGGAGGAGGAGGAGGUGAAGGAUCGGAGCCAACCCAGAGGAACGGUCUGGCUGGACGUGGAGUCGUCUCGUGAAGCAGCUCACUGGUUGCCUUGGAGGCCUGACAAAGCUAAAGGGCAAUCAGAGGAGGACUGUGAGGAUCCAGACAGACAGGUGCUGUUUGAUGACAUCGGUCCAUCCCUGAUUUAUCUGUCUUCACCAGAGCUCCAGCUCAGUCUUCUCCUCCAUUUCUUGUCAUUCCUGGGGCUGCCUGUUGACUCUGUGCUCUCUGCUGCCCCCUGUCUGCCUAGUCUGCUGAUGGAGAACCUGUCUUUAAUCACUCAGGGUCAUGAUCCCCAGCACCCCCUGACCUCCUAUGACCUCGCUGACCCUGGGAUUAGCUCUGUAGGACACAUGACUACUCUUCAGGGAAGCAGGAAAUGGGUGGGGCUUGGAAAGCACGGCGAGAGGUUUGUCACCAAUGUGUUCAACAUGGUUCAGCCAGUGCUUCUUCCUCGACACCGAGCAGUCCUGUCACUCAGCUGGAUGCAGUAUGAGAAACUCAAAGUCUUGCGCUGUUUGCACAGUGGCAACAAAAGACGUCUACGCUCUCAAGGCAAGAGUAGCAAGCGCGUUGCCAAGCGACUGCUCAAGGAACCUGAAAACCGCUCGUCGUUGGUGCUGUGGCGUGAGUAUGCGCACAUGGAGUGGAUGCUGGGCAACUUGGACGAAGCUCGCAAAGUCUUCACCACAGCCACGGGGAUAGAGGGAACCAGAGGGUUGAGUAGCCCCGCCCUCUGUGAGCUGUGUCUCCUGUGGUCCCAGCUGGAGGUGGAGGACAGAGGUGCGCAAGGAGGGGGGCAAGCUGAUGUAACCACGUCUCCAGCUGUGUUGGUGCUAACUAAGUUAGCAGAAGGAACCUGCUCUUCGGAUCCAUCCUCCCAGUCCCUGUCUCCAGUCUCUGUUCUGAAAGCCAGACGGUCUUACGAGCAGACCCUGACAGCACACUUGUCAGCCCUAGACCAAGUCCUCAGCAACCUUCACACCAAAAGAAAAGGUGAGGAGGAUCUUCCAGGAGAGAAGCUGAGGCUGCGUGGUCUAGUUGGCUGCUAUGCUCUGUUCCAGUAUCUCACAGUGGGCAUCCAUGCAGCUCACACUGUCUACAGCCAGGCCAGAGAGAAGAUGGAGGCGCUGCAUCACACACUAACAUUAGAUAUUCAUAGCAAUGAAGAAGAUAAACAUCAUAGCACUGAUGCUAGAAAAGCUGCAUCUAGGCUCCAUGUUUCCAUGCUGGUGUCAGAGUGUGAAGCAUUAGCAGUGCAGCAGGCAGCCAUGCUCAGGUACCACAACAGCAUCAGUGUGUUUCCACUGGCCACACUGAGACAAAUGCUGACAUCUGCCCUCUCAACAUGGCCCGGCAGCGCCCCCCUGUGGAGCAUAUACAUACAGGUGGAAAACCGUUACCAUAGCGCCGGCAGAGCGCGUCGCUUCUUUCACUCUGUAACCAGGGACAACGUGAGUGUGGUGCCGCGCCUCUUUGCCAUUGUGACUGAACAACAAAGGAAGCAGCUGGUGGAUGCUGCUCAGAGGUCUUGUUUCCAUGAUGCUGCCUUGACUGUCCUGCCAGAGAAUGGCCUCAGCAACCGUAUCCGUGGACUGUUUGAAAGCGCCAUAGCAACAGAGACGGGCGCCCGCUGUCCGUUACUUUGGAGGAUGUAUAUGUACUUCCUGGUGUCUGAGGGGAAGGUGGAUAAGGCCACAUCAAUCUUUUACAAGGCCUUGCAGAAUAUUCCCUGGGUUAAGGGUUUAUACAUGGAUGCUGUGAAGCUUUUCCCUGAGCAUCUGCAGCAGUUCGUAGAUCUGAUGACGGAGAAGGAACUCCGACUCAGACUGCCUUUGGAAGAACUGGAUAUACUUCUGGAAGACUGAACACACUGCACACUUUGUUUAAGAGCUCCCUCUGAGUUUGCUCCAGUGGCAACAUGCCAAGCCUGGCCAAGGCAACCUGUGUUAGCAGACGCUAACCGAGAUGCUUUUUGGGCACAUCGCUUGUGUUUUGAUCAGUGAAGUUGCUUCAGUCUCAUUGAAAGAUGGACAAAGAGCCAUCCUCAAACUUAUGUUGCAUUGAUGGUAUGGAAGUAUAACUUAAUGUUAAGUGAUGGUUUCACUUUUGCUUCAAAGUGUCAUUGUUGUAUCACUGUAAACAUUAGUAAAUAGUGAUGAAUAGUUAUCAGUCAGUUAUCAGUGCAGUUUUGCACCUCAGUACAUACUCUCUGUAAAGCAAUUAUUUUUGAAAGUGAAUAGAGCUAUGUUUUAAUACCCGACAUUGUCAAUAAAUGUGAUUAUCACUA